GCUGACUGCAGGAAGCGCAGAGUUGAAUUCAGUUAUUGUAGGAGAUUGCAGGCCUUUGCUAAGGGAGGAUCCUGUCCACAUGUCUUGAAACCCGCAUUUGCCGACUCGAAACAGCUUUCAAGCGGCGUAUUUUUGGGGCGUGCGAAGGAUUUGACCGAAAUGGUGUUGCAGUGGGCCAUUCGUCUUUGGAAAGAUGGGACACAGAGCCCACAGGCAGCUGAUUUUCUGUGUCCCAUCAGUGGACAAGUCAUGUCAGAGCCAGUCAUCGCAGAGGAUCGCUUCACCUAUGAGCGCCGAGAGAUAGAGAUGUGGCUCAGAAUGAACGACAGCAAGUCACCUCAGACGCAGAAGCAGAUUGGAAGGAAGCUUGUGCCCAAUUCGAAGUUGAAGGAGGCCAUUGAAAAAUACAAGGAAGCUUAUCAAUCUGGUGUGGAAGCAGAGAUUUCUUGGCCCUCUGGUGGCCUGAUCCCUUCGCAACAGCGCUGCUUGCGGGUUCCUUCUAGCGCUGCACCUUCGCAAGAGGAACCCCCGCACAAGAGAGCCAGGAUGAUGACUUUGGAGACCGGCGCCAAGAGCUCCAGUAUGGCCGAGGCUAUGAGUCGGUUCUUUCAAGAACUGGACCCGCUCCGAGACCUACUUUGCUCCGUCCUGGAGGGAUGGCGGCCACCGCGCAUCGUGGUGGUGGGCGACGAGUCUGCGGGGAAGUCCACCAUCCUGGAGCAACUGGCGAAUGUGCCCAUCUUUCCAAGGAAGCGGCGCUUCUGCACUCGCAUGGCCAUUUGCUUGCGCCUUCGUCGCACACCUGGUCUGAGCAAGGCAACGCUCUUCAUUUCUUCCGACAUGGAUGGAGUGAACCCAUCAGAGGGAGGUGUGAUGGAGAUUCCGCAGGAGAAUGGGUGGAGAUUUGUGCAAGACCAGAUGGAGAAACUGGCUCGCGGCCUUCAUCAUGGUAUUGUGGAGAACAAGUUCUUGGUGGUGACCACAAUCCACAUGUGCGAUUGAUCUGGUUGACUUGCCAGGCAUCACCAGCAAAUCUUUCAGACGCAGUUGGACUAUGACCAGCGCACCGGGAACCACAGCAUGUAUUUGGCUGCCUGCUUCUGGUGAUGUUCGGCCAAGUACCAACAUGGCAAUGCGCUUUAUCCAAGACAAAAAGCUCGAAGGCCGCACGUUUGGAGUUUUCUCCAAGUGUGACCAGACAUCCUGCAGAGAUGUCUUGCGCGCUCUAGUGCUGAACGAACCUUGUGAUGAUGGAGAAACGGCGGAGGUUCUGGGAAGGGUUGCUUUGAGGAGCUGGGUGACCUGCAUGUUGAAGGCUCCCAAUGAAAAACAUCUCCAAACACACAAUUUCGAGCGGCUCUUCCUUCAAUCUCAAAGGGAGCAAGAGUUCUUCGAACAUGGCGGUCCCGACUUGAAGUGCCUUGUUGAGAAAGAGUGCGCAGGCAUCCCUUGCUUGGUUCGAAAUUUGGAGGAGGCUUACUCCAACUAUUUGCAUAGCACAUGGAAAGCAGGGGCGAUGGGGAAGGUCCUCCAAAAACUGGAGGACAAAGAGGUUGAGUUCACAGAGCUGGGAGUUGUGGAAGAGACUGAAGCGAAAAACCAGCUCGCCAAGCAAGAGGUUGAGAAGCGCUUCAGUGAUGAUGGCCCGGAUGCACCCGUGAAGCAGUUGUACUUGGAGUUCAGGGAGACAAUUCUGAAAUCGAUGAGGCAGAGAGCCCAAGAAGUCCUGAUGAGGCUGACCAACGGUGAAGUUGAUGCAUGUUCGCAAGGCGAACGCCUCAAUCAGAUUCGAGAAGCAUUGAAGACUGAACUUCUUGCUCCUGUACAGCGAGUCUCCGAGCAUUUUCUGGAUCACUUGAAGUCGAUCCUCGAAGCAGAGAUUCCUCUUGAAAAAGAACCCUCCAUUGCGGCAGCAGCGGGCAGCUACUGCAUGCAGACCUGCCAGUAUGUCAGGAGACGGUAUUUUGGAAAGAGUGCCCCCC